AUUUAAACAAAUGGAAAAUGUAGGCAGCAUGCACUUUCCCAUUCAAUCCCUCCUCGAUCUUUCAUUCUUCAAACAGAAUAGCCUUCUGCCUUUGCCUUAAAUGGAACUUACACUUCCCAAAUAAUUCUCCCCGAAUUAUCUCAUUGAUUCGUUUUUUGCCUGUUUGGUAGCAUGGACCAGUUUUCUUGGAGCUCCAACUGUUACAGCUCUGGUUUCAUGGUGAAUUCGGGGUGUCGAGGUAAAACAAGAAAAAUGUCAUUUUCUUCUUCUUCUUCCUCUUCGUCAUUGGUCUUGGAUAGUGAGAGAGGAGAGCUUGUGGAGGCUACGAUGAACUUGCCGAGAAAAGGGGUGGCAGCCGAGAGAAAUGUGGCUGCGUUGAAGAAUCACAGUGAGGCUGAGAGGAGGCGCCGAGCCAGGAUCAAUGCUCAUUUUGAUACACUCCGUGACCUCGUACCGGGUGCAAAGAAGAUGGAUAAAGCAUCAUUACUUGCUGAGGUGAUCAGACACAUGAGAGAACUAAAGAAGAAUGCGGAAGAAGCUUGUAAAGGCAUUCUAAUUCCAACGGACACUGACGAGGUUAUAGUGGAAAAGCAGGAGGAUGAAUUAGAUGGAAAACCUUGUUUGAUUAGGGCAUCUCUAUGUUGUGAUUAUAAACCUGGACUUUUGUCUGAUUUGAGACAAGCACUUGAUGCCCUCCAUUUAAUUAUAGUGAAAGCAGAGAUGGCAACCUGGGAAGGAAGGAUGAAGAAUGUUUUUCUGGUGGCUAGCUGCAAAGAGCGGGACUCUAAAGAUCCUGCAGUAAGGAUUUCUACAAGCACCCUAGACCAGACACUUAGGUCUGUACUUGAUAAAUUUUCUGCUUCAGAGGAGUUCUCCUUUAGAGGGACACUUUCAAACAAGAGGCAGAGGAUUUCUUUAUUCAAUUCUUCAUUAUCUUCUUCAUCCAAAGAUCUUUGGUGAGCAUAAAUUUCUUAGAAGUGGUUCGAUUCUUUAGAAUGCAACAUUUGAUGUCCAUAGUCAUUGGCAUGCCGGAUAUAUGUAGUCAGUAAUUGCAUAUGUUUCUUCUGCUGUAUAAACUUGAGAAUUUAUAUACACAGGUCUCUCAUUACUGGAUUAUAGGUGGCUGCAUAUGAUGUACCUGCUGUAAUAUAAAUCAUAGAUAUUGUAAAUUGGGCAACUUAUCUCAUGAUAUAACUUGUGGUAGAGAGUUGUUUUAUCAAUAUUCUUACCCAA